AUGCCUGCGCAAAAUCAUCAGUUACACCCGAGGACCAGAGCGCCUUCGAGAGCUUCGACAGCUUCGAUGCACAGCACUGCCACCCAGCAAAACAUCGAUCAAGGCUUUGCUCCACACCACGGUCCUUUUCAGACGGAACAAUGGAACGCCAACGCCCAUGCUCAAGCACACGCCCAGGCUCAAGCGCAUGCACAUGCACAUGGCCACAGUCACGCCCCGUCGAGGGAUAUGGCUUUGCAGGGCCACCAUUUGCCUGGUGACGAUAUGCUACUACGACCCGGAUCGCAGAUGCAUCCAGCCCAGUCGUUCUCCAUGGACUCGAGCAUGCAGUCAUCCAUAGGUCACCAUAUGCCGUAUGGACAACACGGUCUGUCAAAUCCAGGACUUUCGGCAGAUUCCUUUGGCGCAAGUACUAGUUUUGCCGAUGACAGCCAGAUGAUGGAUCGGGAUGACAAUGGCGACGGAGACUCGUUGAACAUGGGCAACGCCAAGUCCUCGAACAAGACGAGCGCCAACAAUGAGCACGAGAUGCGUGCCUUGUUUAGAGCCAACAAGCACCGUAACCUGGCGGAUGUCGCCCAGGAGCUGCAUGGGAACGAAAGGGGCCCCAACUCGGAACGUACACGACAGGUCUUUGCCAUGCUAUGGAUCAAUCAGGUGUGCUCCGGCGGAAAGGGUUCGGUGCCUAGGGGUCGUGUAUACGCAAACUAUGCUUCGAGAUGCGCCACCGAAAGGACGACUGUGUUGAAUCCUGCUAGCUUUGGUAAAUUGGUUCGAGUACUCUUCCCUGGCCUGAAGACACGCAGACUCGGAGUCCGUGGAGAAUCAAAAUACCACUAUGUGAACUUCAAUCUGGCAGAUGAGGUCCCGGAGAGCCAGGAGCCUUCCCAAGGAGUCGUGUCGUAUCAGGACUCUGGCAGCUUUGCCCAAGAUGCUCCGUUCUCAAAGUCGCAGUCGCCUUCUCACAACGCGCAAAAGGCUGCUGCUCUUCCUUCGCCCGAGCUUCCUACUCAGCCUGACGCACCGGCUCUCUCAAGGUCGAAUGACAACAGAGCACACAGUUUUUAUAAUUCACCAGACUUUUCCAGCAUUGACCAAGUCCAGUCUACAACGUCAAAGACCAUGCUGCGCCUAGCAUUCACGCCUCUACCGGCCGACGCGUUCUCGGACGUGCUCGUCUUGCCUCAGAUCAAGCCUUUUCUACCUGAAGGCACUGAUCCAGACGCAGCAAUGUCCCUGACAGCACUGUAUCGCAGCCACUGCACAUCCCUUGUUGAGUGUAUCCGUUAUUGCAGAGAAAAGACAUUUUUUCAUCUGUACACUUCCUUCCAAGGCACUCUUACCAUGCCGGUGCAAAAGCUCUUCUCGAGUCCUGGUGUGGCACUGUGGAUUGAACAGUGCGACUUUGUCUUGUACCAAAGGAUGAUGCAAAUCAUCUCCAACCUUACCUUGCAGGUCGUCCCGAAGCCAGUCCUAGAUACCUUUCGCAAUAUCUCCGAGAGGCUCGUGCUUCACAUUCGCGAAUCGUUCCAGGGCCAACCGAGACAUGUGGUGCAGGCAAAGGAAGCCCCAGCCAGCAUCUUCGCUGCUCUUUUGGACCGAGCUCUCCGUGUUAACUUGACGGCUCACGCAGCAGCAAACAUGUUAUCGAACCCAGCCAAUCGCGACCAAAUGUACAUUGACUGGAUCACAAUGGUUAGGAUUCGCAAGGUUGCGGAAGUCGUACCGACUCGCGGCAUGGAUGACCUUGUAAUGUUAUUGCUGACCGAGAUCCGCGACCUCCUGGACCCUCAGAACGUCCCCUGGGAUAUAGAGUGCCAGACUCUGUAUGCUGACGUGGCCACGAGGAGUGGCAGAGUAUCACAGACCGAGAACCUUGGCGGCGAAAGUGGCCAGAACAUACUCGAUCGAUGGGUCAACUUUCUCCAGGCACUUCAGAAGAAAUUUCCCUACGCUCUCGCAGAGGAUGUGGUAUCGUGUGUUCAAGGUGUGGGAACUGCUGUUAUGCGCGACAUCACCAUCAACCAGGGUAAGAGCUUCGGAUCUUGGUGGGUGACCAAAUGCUGGAUCGAUGAGAUGAUAUGCUUUUUGGGCGAGCAGGGCGGCUUCAUGCAGCUCAAAUCCUCGAUUCCCAAGGCAACGAACCUCCCGUCACGAUCCGCCCAAGUCCCAAGCAGACACACUUCGCACAACCUGAAUAGAAACCAGAGCAACAAUGACAACACCAAUAAUGCAUCUAAGCCCGCCCCACCUCAAGCGAAUCGCGCGCCAUUCCCACCUCAAUUGGACAAUCAUACGCGCGACUCUCUGGGACUAUCAGGCAACCCCGACGACAGCGGGAUCGGAAUGCGCACACCAGAGGAAGAGCUCCCGCUGGACAAGUUUGAUUAUCCUCAAAAUCACAGUCAUGAAUUGCAAGAGCUGGGCCUAGAAGCCGAGUUUGGCCAAUAG